GAGCCACUUCCCGUACAGUCCGCCUCCGCGCGUGAGCUCCGCCGAGAGGGGCGCCGGCAUCGUGGCUCAGCUUUCAGGAAAAUCAGGUUUUAUCGAACUAAAUGUGCAUUAAUGUCGAUACACGGGGGUGAAGUGAAGAGAUAGCCCUCGGUGGGACAGCGGUUGACCAGGUGUCCUCGGAUGGAUUGAGUUUUCCUUUAAGAUAAUGGAGAGAGGUGUCCGCAGAGGAAGAUGGAAUAAAAAAGCCCAUGUCGGCACAAUACUGGUCCUUAUGUGCAUGGUCAUCCCCACUUUGACGUUGGUAGAACCGUCGGAGAAGCAGACGUGUCCUCAUGGGGACUAUCUCACUGAAGAGGGAGUUUGUUGCAACAAAUGCUCUCCAGGUUUUAAGCUUGUUGAAAAGUGCCAUGCUGUGGGUCAGAGAAGUAACUGCACACUCUGUCCUGUUGGACAAUACACAGACCAGAUGAACUUCUCCCCCAACUGCAGGCGCUGUAGACGCUGCAAAACAACGAAGCAUGAGUUAGAGAUAUCAGCAUGUGAAAGAUACCAGAACACUAUCUGUCGCUGUGAGGAGGGCUAUUACAAAAAUUCCAUCGACUCAGAAACAUACGAGUGUCGCAGGUGUCGGCAGUGUGGACCCGAUGAAAAGACAAAAAAGCCAUGUACACCAGAGAAGAACACUGAGUGUGAAUGUAAAGAGAAGUACUACAGAAUCAACAACACAUGUGAGCCCUGCACAAAUUGUACAGCUGAGUGCAAACAUCAUUGUUCAACACCUUCUAGUCGGAAUACAAGAGCUCCUGAUCCUACAGAGAGACACAUUAUUAACAUAAUUGCUGGAGCUGGAGCUGUUGCUCUGGUGGUGUUGGUGCUGGGGGUUCUUGUCACCUACAUGGUCACAAAACGGUCUUUCAAUAAGAAGUUGGUGAGCUUGUCCUCCCAGUCAUCUGACAUCUCUCAGGACUUGUGCAAGCAGGUCCUGAUCACCAGUGAGGAGCCUUCAAACAACAUCGGUGUCAAGACUGCUCUCCAAAGUCCUGUGAGUGACCAGGAGCAGCCAUCCAACCUGCCUGACUGCAUCCCCUUGGAAAUCAAGUCCCCUCCUCCCUUCUCAGUCCCUGACUUGAUCUACAUGGUGCUGGAUCUGGUCCCCGUGCUGCAGGUGAAGCAGCUGGUGCGUUCUCUCGGCGUGAAGGAUACAGAAAUCGAACAGGCGGAGCUGGACUACCGAUCCUGCCGGGAGGCUCACUACCAGAUGCUGAGGGUGUGGGCUGAGAGAGGGUCACGGGCGGGUGGAGUGCUGCCCUUGUUGCCGGAGUUGUUAGAUGAACUGAGAAAGAUGCACCUGGGUCGAGCAGCUGAGGAGCUGCAGACAAAGUACGGCAUUCAGUAAUUCUGCAACACGUGCCAAGUGGAACACAAAGCUUGUGAAACCAAGUAUUGUUCUCUUUAGAGACUCCCUAAAAACACCCAAAUGAAUGCGGUGCUGUCACCAGAGCAGUUUUGUGUCCCAGAGCACUCUAUCUUUCAUCACUCGCUGACAAGCAGUGUCAAACUACUGAGGACCAACAGCUCUGGGAGGGAGAAUCACUGAAAAUAUGAUUUUGCACUGAUAAAUUCUGCUUAAAAUUUGUUAAGAACUUUUAGCAAAGUAUAUAUAUUCUUUACAAAUCUUACAGAUAUUUAGGGACAGACUUAGCUUGGCAGGACUGGAAACAGGACAAAACACAAAGUGUUUCAUAAGUGCAGGCUGCCAACCACACAGCCGACUACUCUUUACAGACUGUGUGGGCCAAAACGUACAAGAAGCCUAAUUCACUACAUGUUUACAAUCUGGUAGAAGAACAUUAAGAUACGCAAUCAUUUAGAUCAAUGUAAAUGAUGGAAUAGUGGCAUUAAAAUGUGCCAGAGGCCACCAUUUUUAUAAAAAUUUUCCCUCUGCCCUCUGACCGCACUGGUUGGCUACACCGUAUCCUUGUGGAAAGCCCUGCAAAACAGCUGUCCUGGCUCUGCCCCAAAAUCCACCUACCAGCACCUUUAAAGCUCACCUAUUAACAUGUCAUAUCUUGUUUGUUUAAUCUGAGUUUUAAAGGCUCAGUGUGUUGUUUUUUAUUGGGGGUUUUAUGCUGAAACUAUUUCCUGUCUGAGGGCAUUGAGCUGGAGAGGUGCAGGUAGAUUAUUCUCUAAGAUGCGCUGUAUUAUGGGGAUAUGGGUCAAUGUGGGUUGAUGUGAUCAAUAUUAGACUGUUUAUUGUGUUAUCCAUUAUGCCUACUCAUUAUGAACCAACUCUAUUUCAGUUACUGUCAGUGGUUCAUAUUGCAAACAUACAUUUAAACAAUGCAAGCUGUAUUUUUCAGUUUUGUCAUUAUGUUGAAUGUAGAAGUGUAAAUUCAAAGGCUACUCAGUCAUAAAGGUGAAAGGAAAUGUUGAUAGCAGUUCCUGGUUAUGCUGUUCAAACAUUUAUAAUCUCUCUGUCUUUUUUUUCAUUUUAUGGCCACAGUAACAAGCGAGGGGAGUUUAUAGUUCCUGCUUAAUGCAGACCAGACCCCGUCCACUUUUCACAGGCUUUUCACAGCCACAUAUGAGCAUUAUUCAUGACUGUUAGCGAAAACAGGACACGCCUUGUCUCAGUAUGCCUCAGCCAAACAAUUUUAUAACAUCAGUCUCGGCCUGCAGAUUCAGAUAUGAAUCAGUCGCACUCACACUGAGGACGUGUCAUUCCAAAGCACUUUUAAACUGUACACAGAACCAUUUACCGAGUGGACAAUCAAUGUCCAAUAAUUUUUAGCAGCACAUUAAAAAAAAUUGUGUGUAACAUAUAUAUGAACUUUAAAUCAUCUUUUUUAUGUGUGUGUCUGAAUUGUUCUACAAAUAUGUGUGGAGGCUGCAGACAGCUGUCAUGAGCCAACUGAGAGUAACUCUUUGUACAUUACUGCAUUAAACUUGUUAUCAAAUUUGUAACGCCA